AUGGACUUGGGAAUUUCAACAUACCUGCAGCGGUCGUGCGAAUGUGCUAGCAUGGGUCAUCGAUGUGUAGUUGACACACUCGAUCUGGCAGUCGAUAGCCGGAUCAAGGCCGUUUGUUUCCCGUUGAGGCGCAGAAAUUAUGGUGAUAGUUUCCGGUCGGCACCCGAGCUCAAUAUUGACUCACCAGUGUACUCGCGCCCAGAGCUGAGAAGUCUGCAGUCACCCGUGUUGUACGACGGAGUGAAUACCAUGGUGGUUGCCGCCGCUUCGACGGUGACUCGUUUUCCGGAUUUUCCGGUGACUGCAGAGACGAAAGCCGUCAGUCUGAAAUCGCAGCGACCUCCACGUGUCCGGUCCUUGAUCACCGCGCUGGACUUGGUCGGCUAUCGUAUGAUCUCUCUGGCUGAGACAUGA